AUGGCACCUCCGCCUCGGGCUGGAAGGCCACAAAAUGGCCACGGCCGACGGCCCCGUGGCCAAGAUAGGUCCGAACCCUGUCGACUGUUCUUACAAGGGCGAUGCCGCUACGGCGAGCAGUGUCGCUAUAGCCACGAUGGCGAUUCCCCACCUGUCGAGAGCAAGGAGAUAGGGACCUUAACAGCGGAGGAUGCUGCCGAGAAGGAAGGAUACGGGGAAUGGAAACGCAGCCUAAAGAGACUCCCUUCUACCCCCUCGAUACAUCAAAUGAAAGCCAUGAUGGACGACGCUUUGCAGAUCCUCGCACAUAACAACCAGUCUCUACACCAGCAAAUACCUCGCGAUCUGGUUGACCAGGAUAACACUGAUGGACUCCAGUGGAUCCGACAAAUAAUGAACCUUCGAAUCUCAGACCGAUGCUAUGUGGGUGACCUUUACGUCUUUAUCAGCGGUAGUCGUGGAUCACGAGCCAUACCAUUCUUUCAACAUGUCUGUCAGGCGUUGGAUGAUUCAGCGACCAGAGGCAAAGACGCAGACCAAACAAUCCUGUGCUUGGUGAAGGCAAUCCGCGAGGUUAUCACUCGAAACCAAAAGGCGCUGUAUCAUGAAGGUUUACCAGGACUGAUUGAUAGUGUCUCUCAGUUGUGGGAUGAGGCUAUGGUCGAUAAGCCACUGAUGGCUCCUACUAAGAUUCAGAUUAAAGAGCUACAGCGGCUCAGGAAACGGGCGGAUACCAUGCUGGCAAAUAAUUAA